UUGCUUCAGGAAUUUUCCAUGGGGACAUGCUUUCAGCAUGAGCUCACAAAGGUUCGACUUGCGACACAAGGGUCGUUAUGUGGCAAUCUCGGCCGAGGGUACCAUGGCACGCAGACAGUCGGGGUUCUGUGAUGGUUUGGCAGUGUCUGAGCGACACAUUCGACCUGGCGAGCUUGUUGUGGUUGAAAUUCUCGAGACUCAGCCAGGAUGGAGCGGUGACUUGCGUAUUGGGUUUACCCUACUCCCUGAUCAACUACUCCAACCACUUCCAAGUUUCGCCAUCCCAGAACUGGUUUCACGUGGCCAAAGUUGGAUCUUCCCAGUUGGUACUGCUGCGGCUUUCCUCGUGUCCCAUCGUCAUCGGUCAUACUGGAGACGGCAGCAAAAAAUGUGUCGAUCUGUCCGUCACUUGGACAGCACUAUAACCGGUGACACCUGCGGUGUGGAACACGAUACAGAUUUCUCGUUUGGCUCGUCGAAUGUGCCCCCUUUCCUACCCGACCACAAUCCGAUUCAGCCAAGUUUCAAAGCACCCUGUAUGUGCUGUCUCCACACCGGGUUUGGACGUGUUGCAUUCAGUCGACUCAUGCCCAUCGAAGCUUCGUUGGCACGUGCACCGGACGUGGAAAAGGGUAGUGUCGUGGGUGUCUACUAUGAAUUGGAACCGAUUACGUCACCCGACUCCUGUGCGACCACCACUGCAACAUUCAGUUGGAAUGUUGAUCCGGAAUCGGUGCCAACAGAAUCGGAACAACCCGAAGAAUCGCCUUCACAACCCAACCAGCCCGCUGAUUCAGACAACGGGACGCUUUGUUGCCGGUUCCGAUUCCAUAUUGUCAUCAAUGGUAUCGAUCUUCUUAUGCUUGCGGAACAGCUGUGUGUUCGUCCGGAUCAACUAUGUCAAACUCAGUCAUCCUCCGAUCAAGAACAAUUGAUGAAUACUUCGUCUGAUGGUUGUGACACGCUUCGCUAUCCAAAGUUUCGCGCCGUGUUUGAUGUGUAUGGACAAACAAAAGCGGUACAAUUACUUCGAGUGAACCAAAAUCCAGUGGCCCCCCUUAGCCGUCUCUGCUCAUGUGUCAUCUUACGGUGUAUCCUACGCAGCCAGUACUUUGACUGGUUAGAAGAACCACAGAAAGGCUUAAAACCCGCAAAAGUAUUCAAAUCCACCGUUGACAGUGACUCAAGGGCGAAGGAGUUUUUUGCCGACCAUCAUACAUCCAGAUCGUCCGCGGAGAAUGUGCGUACCCAGCAAGUGUUUGCUGCUUUGCAAAGUCUUCCGUUGCCGCGUUCCGACCGACACCGGCUUCAUUUGGACGCGUGUGCUGUCCUUUCCCGCGAACAUCAGGGUGUACUGACUGAAAGCUGAUUCACUUUUUCCCCUGUCGAAUUUGUUCGAUCCAUUGUAUAUCUACAUGUACAUACUUUCUGCUAUUUCUCUUCAGUAGUAACUUCACUUGUACAUAACUAAUUUGUCACAUAAAAU